CCAUCACCCACUAGAUGAAAAACAAAGGAGAAAGAGGAUCUCCCUGCCUCAAACCUCUGAAAGUAGAGUCAUCUAUCGUUCGUCGAUCAUCAUUUUCUUCUUGGCGCCAGAACCUUGCACGGUACGUGUACCUCCUCACUCCAGUAGCUAGAUAUAUCCAGGGCUGGGGCUGCUAUAGGUAUACGGCAGCUCCAUUUGAUCGAUCGGGGUCGGAAGACAUGGAGCUGCUGUCCAAUAACCCGGCGCACGCCUCCGUUCCGGAGAAGUACGUCUUCCCGCCGGAGAAGCGCGCAGCCUUGCUCGAUGAAGCGCCCACCUCCGACGUCGCGCUCCCGGUCGUCGACCUCCAGCGUGCAGCUCUCUCCGACUCUCGACACCGCCGCCUCGUAGCCGACGAGAUCGUCAAGGCCGGCAAGGAGUUCGGCUUCUUCCAGGUGGUGAACCAUGGUGUGGCGGAGGACGUGGUACUGGGGUUCCGGGAUGCGGCGGCCGAGUUUUUCGCGAUGCCGGCGGAGGAGAAGCUGCCGUACUGCUCCGACGACCAGAGCAAGCCUUUCCGGGUCGCUUCCAGCACCUCCUACGACCGGAACCAGACGCGUUACUGGCGUGACUACCUCAAGCUCCGGUGCCACCCGGUCUCCGACGAGCUCGUCAGCCACUGGCCAGGCAAGCCGGAGAGCUUCAGGACCACCCUCACCGAGUUCUCCGAGGAGGUGAACGACCUGGCGCAGACGCUGCUCCAGCUCAUCGCCGAAGGGCUCGGCCUCGACGCAGGCUUCUUCGCCGGCGACCUCAGCGGCGGCGACACCCAGAUGAACGUCAAUUACUACCCCCCAUGCCCGGACCCGAGCGCCACGCUGGGCUUGCUCCCGCACUGCGACCGCCACCUCCUCACCGUUCUCUCGCAGGGCGACGUCGCCGGGCUCCAGGCGAGGUACCGCGGGCGGUGGCUCCUCGUCCGCCCAGUCCCCGGCGCCUUCAUCAUCAACUUCGGGCACCAGAUGGAAAUCGUCACCAACGGUGUCCUAGCGAGCGUGGAGCACCGCGCCCUCACCAACUCUGCCGUGGCGAGGAUGUCAGUGGCCACCCUCGUCAUGCCAAAGAUGGAUUGCCUUAUCGGCCCGGCGCAGGAGAUGGUGAGCGAGGCGAACCCGCCCAAGUUUAGGGAGUUCGUGUUCAGGGAGUUCAUGGCGGCGUACGACACCGCUGCUGCUAGCAGGGAGGACGUGCUGGAAUGCUUCGCGAUCGAACACUAGAUCCAUGCAUGCUGCUGACUUUAUGAUCUCUGCCUAGAUUUUCUGCCAAGCAACUUGUUGUACUACCGAAUAAACAGAGCUCGCGAGCGUUGAACUCUCGUGUGGUUUCAUCUU